CCGGCCACUUCGGGUCACAUGUAGUCUACCCGUUCGGCCGAACCCAAACAAGCGUACACCAUAUAAUAUAACAAUAUCUAAUACAUCGUGAUACCUAAGUGUAACUGUUUUUACGGAAUAACAACCAAAAACAUACAUACUCGAUUCGACGGUGUGUUUUAUUUUUCGUCUUCAUCUUGAUUUUUGUUUGUUUUUCCGGAACAAUGCCGUACGCGCCCAGUGCACCACCGUCACGUGAAAUGUAUUUUCAAUAACGUACAUUUUAUAACUUACCGCCUACAGGUUUUAAUAUUACAUACUCUUACAAAAACACACUGUAAACAGCAUUUUAGAUAAUAGCUAGAAGACCACGUCGUCGUGUAUGCAUUUUAGAUGUCGACACGAACGCAUACAAUGGAACAAUUUUGGCAUGGUCUGUUGAUCAGUUGUAUCUUCACGGCGACCGUCUGCAGUUCGGAAGACACGAUACCACGCCGAGUAGUUCCAAAUUCUGACGAAUAUAAAGACGAAAUCGUCGCUGCCGAAGAUCACGAACACCACCGGAUCAUCAUUGUGGUGCCAAAAGAAGUGCCGCAGCAUGUGAAUCACGUGCACACGUACAAGCUGGCUGGCAAGGGCAUACCGCUUAUCCACUCUGGCAAAGUAGUGCAUGACCACAAGCACAGCGGCAAGGUGGCGCACGAGCACGGGCACGCGGGCAAAUCAACGCACAGUCACAAGCACAGCGGCGCUUACGGCCACCAGCACAAGCACCUCGGGUACAUGGGCCAUAAGCACUUCGGCAAAGUGGGCGUGGUCGGACACGGGCACAAGCCGGUCCAGCAGCCUCCGCGCCAAUCGCCGCACGACCACCACAACCGCGGCCAUCAUCCACUGCUGCACAACGCCGCGCACCAGCUGCACUUGCAGCAGCUACAGCAGGCCGGCGACUACCUGGUGCAGCAGCACGGCAACGCGGGCGGCAGCAGUGGCGUGUUGCAGCAGAUCGGCGGGCGUAGGCCAGCGUCCGGCGGUCGCAUACAGUUCGUACCGUCGUCCAAGCCUCGGGGCCUGGGAUCGUUCAUGCCAGCCGAGAUCCAACAGUACGUGCAGCACGGCGCGGUCGUCCAACAGCAUCAGCAGUUGCAACAUCAACAGUUGCAGCAACACCAGCAGCUGCAGCAGCACCAGCAGUUGCAGCAUCAACAGCAUCAUCAACAGCAGCAGCAGCAGCAGCACGCGGAAUACGACGACGACGAGAGCGGUGGUGGCCGCAGCGCACAGCCGCCAGCGUACAACGUGAUACACUUGCGGGUGCCCGAUCACAACGAACCGAACGUCAUUAAGCACGUGGACAUCGACUUGAUCAACAACGUGGCCAAACUGCAGACCAGCGAAAAGCAACAGCCAGUCACCGCUAAUUUCAAGUCGGUGACGCAGUACAACAAGGUGAUCGGACACGGUCGCGCGGUGGCCCCUGCGAAUGCCGAGGACGAGUUCGACGCGCAGACGGACGACGAGGACGUGGGCGGCGAGCUGUUGCUGGAAGACGCGGGUUACCGGUUCGGCGAGGGUUACCGGCUGGCGAUGGACACGGCCGGCGGAUCGGGAGCUCGCGACUUUUCCGCCGCGCAGGAACAGGACGAGGAGGAGGUGGACGAGUCGUUCAAGGAGCCCUUGGCCGGCGUGGACGACGAGCCUUCCGACGGCGGCAAUAACGCCUACAGCCAGACGUACAGCCUGCAGUUUUGAACCUUCACCACCGAUUCUUAUGUAUAAGAUUGUUGUAGUUUUGUAGCUUUUGAUUUUUUUUUUUACCUAUAAAUUAUUUGUUUUUGUUACUAUUUUCCUUUUUGAUUUUGUUCUAAGUAGCUUUAUGUCAUGCGUGUCUUGUGCAAUCACAUUUUACGCGUGCAUAUUAUAAUAUUAUAUUAUUUAUAUCUAAGCCAUGUAGUUUCUUUCCAUUUGUUUUCAUUUGUUCGCCACACUAUCCAAUAAAGAACUUUCGAAUAAACUACUCUAAACUCUUAAAGCAGAA